ACACACACACACACCACCAUAGCCAAGAGCAGCCCAUUUCACACUGGCACCAGCUGCUUGCUCGCCGUGCCACAGCUCGCUUCACCUAGCUAGUAGAGAGUGUGAGAGUGGACGUUGAAGGGCCAGCGCGCAUGCACCAGCAACAGCACCCGCACCAACCGGCGGCGGCCAUGGGCGACGCGCUGUGGGAGCUGAUCGGGGAGGAGAUGGCGGCGGCGGAGGCGGCCGCCGGGGAGCACGGCCUGCCCCCGGGCUUCCGCUUCCACCCCACCGACGAGGAGCUUGUGACCUUCUACCUCGCCGCCAAGGUCUUCAACGGCGCGUGCUGCGGCGGCGUGGACAUCGCGGAGGUGGAUCUGAACCGGUGCGAGCCGUGGGACCUCCCGGAGGCGGCGAGGAUGGGGGAGCGGGAGUGGUACUUCUUCAGCCUCCGCGACCGCAAGUACCCCACGGGCCUCCGCACCAACCGUGCCACCGGCGCCGGCUACUGGAAGGCCACCGGCAAGGACCGCGAGGUGCUCAACGCCGCCACGGGCUCCCUCCUCGGCAUGAAGAAGACGCUGGUCUUCUACAGAGGCCGCGCCCCCCGCGGCGAGAAGACCAAGUGGGUCCUCCACGAGUACCGCCUCGACGGCGACUUCGGCGCCGCCCGCCGCUCCUGCAAGGAGGAAUGGGUGGUGUGCAGGAUCUUCCACAAGGCGGUAGACCCGUACAGCAAGAUGAUGGAGAUGAGAAACCCCUACUGCUACUUCCCCAUGAGCCCCCACCACCCCAGCUUCUUCCAGGACGCACCUCCUGUCCCCUUCCCAAACCCUAGUCAGCUCAUCCCCUUUCACCAUGACCUCCCAAACCUGCAGUCAUCCCCAAUAAUGCAGAGCCAGGGCCAGGCCAAGAACACAAGCAGCAACAAUGGCGGCUUCCCAGCAGCAGCUUGCGUCCAGGAGCAGCCAAACAGCAGCUGUAACCAAGCAUAUUUCCCUUUCCCUCCCUUCGCCUCCAUCGUCAAUGGCAAGGCAGGCCCACCGGCGCAGCCCAGGGUCAAUGGCGGUCCACAGGAGCCACCGCCGACCUGGCUGGACGCUUGCCUGCAGCACAGCGCCUUCAUGUACGAGAUGGGCCCACCUGCAGCCACCAGGGGGGCAUGAUCCGGCCGGGUCACUCGUUUCCUAGGGCUACCCUCCCAUCUCGUUCGAUCGUUAUGUUGCAGCUUUUGAUUAUUGAUUAGUCAAGUUGCGAGUGUGAUCGAUCGAUAUUUAGACAAGCACUUGUAAUUGUUUUCCCUUGUUCUCCGAUCAAUCCUCUAGCUUCCGUAGCUUAUGAUCAUAUGUAGUGCUUUGCUUGCUCGUGCAUGGGAUCAUUGGAGUAGUAGGAGACUAGCUAGCACUGAACUACUAAUCUCGUGAUCCAUGCUUGUACUCACAUGCACUAUGGUCCUAUGUAGUUUUAAUCUAUGUGUAAUGAAGAACAUCUCCUUGUGGAUUUGCUUUUCACAUGCACGAUAUAAUAUGUACUG